UUUAAAGGAUCUUAGAGAUCAAACUUAUAGCCUGAAACUAUGAAAAUACAAGAGCAAAAGAGCUUAAGCCAGUUCUACCUACGAAAGCAAUGCCUUUUAUGCGUUGGUUUCAAUUUAAUACUGGCCAUAAUGAUUAUGCUAAGUGGGAUUUACGGAUUUCUUUGUAUCUGUAAAUUCUUGAAUGCAAGCACAUUCCAUUAUGCUCAUAAGUUCCUUCAAAAUUUUAUCAAUCCAAUCUGUUUUAACUUGAUUGCUUUAGAGUCAAAACCAACAGCUGGGCAUGAAGAUAUCAACUAAUACGACUUCUUUUAAAAAAUUUGCUCUAUAUCUUUGUUACGCCUACGCUUACCGCUGCUUGCAACCUUGAUUUGUAAGGAGAAAAUGUUACGGCUACAUUCUAUCAUAACGUCAAAUGGCAUUUGAACGUAUUUAAAUCCCAUUUCUGCAAAAUCAUAGGGCUAAACUUGCUGAGCACGGCAAUUUUAGUGCUAAGAUAUUCGCCUUUACCUUAAAAUAACUUUCCUUAUAAUCAACAAGUUUCAACUU